UUUCUCAAACAGACACCACAACCAUUUCGCAAACCGAUAACACGACAACUAUUUCUCAAACAGACACUACAACCAUUUCGCAAACCGAUACCACGACAACUAUUUCUCAAAAAGACACUACAACCAUUUCGCAAACAGAUACCACGACGACUAUUUCUCAAACAGAUACCACGACGACUAUUUCUCAAACAGAUACCACGACGACUAUUUCGCAAACAGAUACCACGACAACUAUUUCUCAAACAGACACUACAACCAUUUCGCAAACCGAUACCACGACGACUAUUUCUCAAACAGAUACCACGACGACUAUUUCGCAAACAGAUACCACGAUGCCCAUUUCUCAAACAGAUACCACGACGACUAUUUCUCAAACAGAUACCACGACGACUAUUUCUCAAACAGAUACCACGACGACCAUUUCUCAAACAGAUGCCACGACGCCCAUUUAUCAGCCCGAUACCACGACGGCCAUUUCUCAAACAGAUACCACGACGACUAUUUCUCAAACAGAUACCACGACGACUAUUUCGCAAACAGAUACCACGACGCCCAUUUCUCAAACAGAUACCACGACGACUAUUUCGCAAACAGAUACCACAACAACUAUUUCUCAAACAGAUACCACGACGACUAUUUUGCAAACAGAUACCACAACAACUAUUUCUCAAACAGAUACCACGACGACUAUUUCUCAAACAGAUACCACAACAACUAUUUCUCAAACAGAUACCACGACGCCCAUUUCUCAAACAGAUACCACGACGACUAUUUCUCAAACAGAUACCACGACGACUAUUUCUCAAACAGAUACCACGACGACCAUUUCUCAAACAGAUGCCACGACGCCCAUUUAUCAGCCCGAUACCACGACGGCCAUUUCUCAAACAGAUACCACGACGACUAUUUCUCAAACAGAUACCACAACGCCCAUUUAUCAGCCCGAUACCACAAUGCCCAUUUCUCAAACAGAUACUACGACGACUAUUUCUCAAACAAAUACCACUUCAAGAGCUCAUACCCUGGUCACUUCCUUAACCCCCGCCACUUCCCAGUUUAAUUUGGUGGAAAAGGAUUUUGAAUUAAUAAAAGAAUUUAAAGACAGAGCAAGAUUUGUUGGGAUUGGCAAUCCAGAAAUAGAGUUUCUAGAUCUCCGCCACUACUUAUCAACCAUAUACACAGAGAAGAAGGCAAAAGAUUUAUCUGUGCAUGGGUUGGGCGACGAUAUGGUGAUCAGCUAA